AUGCAGUUUAUAUCAUAAUCCUAGGCUUUCAUGUAUUCAGGCAAACAAAGAUGGAAAUAUCUGAGAGCAGCUGUUCUCCAGAAGACAACUGACAUUUUCGUACGGGAGGGAACUACGCCUGCUCUUACUUCUUCAGGAACGUUCGAGUCAUUUGGUCUUCUUGCAGUGAGGGCUUUACCGAUUGCUGGGGAAGAACAGUGGUUUGAGUACAGCUGUUCUCUCGUACCAGACUUCCGUCUUACCAUAAGGCACUGUCCGAAGACCAUUUCACUAGAGCAAUUGACAGGAUUUAACAACACUGGCAAUAUAUGUGUUUGGUCGUCGGAAGAAGUACUUGCUUAUCAUUGUCUGAGACAUAAAGACUGCUUCAGUGAGAGACGAGUGUGUGAACUCGGUGCUGGAAUGACUGGUCUUGCUGGAUUAAGUGUGGCUGCAGCAGCUAAUGCUUCUAAAGUUGUGCUUACAGAUGGGAACGAGCUGUCUGUGGCAAACAUAGCAGUAAAUGCAGCUGCAAAUGCCAGCAUGUUUGGAAGCACAUCUGUCACUACUAGUUGUGUUGUCUGGGACAGUCUAAAUGAAUUUCCAGAAUACAAAAAGAUGUUUGACUACAUUCUAUGUGCUGACUGCUUAUUUUUCAGAGAUUGCCAUGAUAGUCUCCUCCACACAAUGCUAACUUUUUUGAAAGAUGAGGGUGAAAUAAUUAUUUUCACUCCGAAGAGAAAUGGAUCUUGUUGGGACUUUGUGGAGAAAGCCAAGCGGCAAUUUUCUGUUCGUGUGUUUGAGCGCUAUGAUGAGCAACUUUGGACGAUUCAUGUAGAGAGACAAAGAUCAUCUGCAACUUAUAAUCCUGACAUUCAUUAUCCACUAAAGAUCAUUUUAAAGAAGAUACAAAUGCAGGAAGCAGUUUAGUUGUGUGGGCGUGGUCAGAUUUUAGAUCUCUAGAAAUCACCUUAAAACGCGGCUACAUAUCUCGAAAACGUCAGAUAGAAAAGUUUACAAGUUCAUCUACACU